AUGGAUGACAGAAACACCCAGGCAUACACGGAGAGUAGGACUCAAGCUCCAGGGGCCCAGCCAAGUCACUUGAAGACCACCAGCAAGAGGGCUAGUGAUGAGCCCACCAUAUUAGAAGUCAGCCAGGUCGUGUUUCCAGAUGCUACAGAAAUGGGAGGUGAGGAGCAGCCCUCAUCUGCUCCAGUAGGGCCAGAGUUGGGGCCUGGCCCCCGGGAAGCAUCAGAGGCGGGGCCUCCGGAGUGCAACUCGGAGGAGCAGAAGCCUCGGGGAGGCCCAGGGAAGAAGCAAUCAUCCUGGGACUCCCAGAAAGGGUCCUGGGGGCCGCAAACGGGCCGGGAUCCGGCCAAGCCAGGGAGUGAGCUGGGGUCGCCGGGCCCGGAGCAGGAGCCUGAGGACAAGCAAGACUCGGGGACCACGAGAGACCCAGGCACCGCGGAGGGUCGGCGCCCCGAGAGCUGCCAGGUAACCCCUGCGGAGACCCCGGCAGGAGGGCGUGGAAGUAACGGCCCCCGGAAGAGGACGCGAGGGAACCCCCACUUCCGGUGCACCUGCGUUUGCUCCGCCCCGUCUCCCGGAAACGCCGAUCACCCCGUCUGUGCCGGCCGCCGGGAUACUGUGGGAGCCUGCGCUAAACAGCGGAUCGAUUGUGACUUUGGGUUGGCCAUGCCUCCCCUGGCCUCAGAUUCUUCCUCUGUCAAAAUGGAAGCGUGCCUGAGCUACCUUGUAGGGGUGCUGGGAGAGCUCAGCAAGGACCCAGAGGGUCAGCCAACCCCAGGUCACCAGGCAGCAAAUGGGUCAGACACAGCACAGACAACAGAGCCUUGUUGUACCUCGGACAGCUGUGGGCAGCCACUGGGAGACAAGCCCCCCAAGGAGGCAGGCACUGCACACAUCGGACCACAAGGGGUUCUGCCAGAGCUGGGUCCCAGGCCACAUGAGGACAGUGCCCAGGAAGCAAUGCCUCUAGUGCCCACAGUGACCCCAGAGGAAAAGACAGCUACCCCCUUCCAGCCAUCUAAGCCAGGACCUAAAACAUCCAAAGGGGGAGAGGCUAUGGGGACCCAGCGAGCACCAGGGCCUGUUUCUCCACCAGAGAUGAGGGACGUCGGAGAGAGGAGGGGGCCGGACCGCGCUCAGAGGCAGCCUCAGGAGCCCUCAGCGGUGGCAGGGACCCCAAACCUUGGGAAUGCCUGGCAGGGUUUCAUGAGGUGCUUGCUGGAGGUGGAGGAGGAGGAGGCCAUGCACCGGAGGGCCUCGAAGGCCCGGGCCCUGCCCUCCCGGAAGUCCCCCAGGACCCUGACGCUGGGGCCCGCCUCAGUCCCUGUCGGCAACUUGGCCCCCAGCCUGCCUCUGGCCUUGCCUCAGACCCCAGCCCCGGCCCCUGCUGUGGUCCCACCCUGGAUCCGGCCGCCUGCCUCUGGGCCAGUCCCGGCCCCCAUGGGAGCCCCCGUCCCUGCCUCGGUGCCCGGCUCCGUCCUGCUGGCCUCCGCCCCGGAGCUGGGCUGGAGGAGGGCAGAGCUCUCGCACCCGAGCAACGAGAGGAGCCUGAGCUAUGCCAAGGCCCGGCAGGAGCAGGAGGAGUGCAGCCUCCUCAGGUUGUAUCAGAACUGGGAGGAGAGGCUGGAGGAGCAGCUCACGCUGAAGCAAGAGGAAGCCUUCCGCAGCUACUUUGAGAUCUUCAAUGGCCCCGGCGAGGUGGACGCACAGAGCCUGGAGAACACCCUGCUUCUGGUGGGCAUCAACCUGACCCCAGCCCAGAUGGACGACGCCCUGAUGAGUGCUGAUAUCAACGGAGAUGGGCAUGUGGACUUCAAGGAUUUCUUGGCCGUGAUGACAGACAGCAAACGCUUCUUCUGCUCCAUGGAACAGAGUGCCCUGACAGACCUGGCUGCCCCCAACCCCCACACUCUGCUCUUUGAGAUCCUGUCCCUGCUGGUGGAGAUGCUGGCCUUACCUGAGAUGGCCUUAGAGGAGAUCACCACGUAUUACCAGAAGAAGCUGAAGGAAGGCACCUGCAAGGCCCGAGACAUGGAAUCGGCCAUAGGCCGGCUGCGGUCCCGGAAGAAGCUUCCCUACAACCCCCAGCAGGCAGACGUCUUAGAAGUCCCAGAACGAAGGGUCCUGAGGAUCCUGAGCCGGCUAAAGCAGCAGAAUUAUGCUGCCAACCUGCAGAGCCCCUAUGCCCAGGUGCCCUGCAUCCCACUCUGCCCGCGGCUGGACAAGAAAACGACCCGUCGGAAACAGGGCAACCACUACGUGCUGGACCAGUGUGCCACGAGCCUGGGCCCGGACAUCCACAGCCUCUUCUUCCAGUCGGGAUCUCAAGGAGGCAGGGAAUAUAGUUCUGAUGGCCGAAAAUGGCUCAGUUCCACGCCAGCUCGAACCUACUGA